AUGUCAGAAGUUGCUUCGAAUCGACAGGCCGUGGUCGCGAACUGGAACUUGGGCCUGGACGAUGCUGGUGCGCCGCCCUUCGGGGGAGUCCUGCGCUUUGCCGGUGGCUUCUGCGAAGCGGUGGAGGUGGAUGGCACUUUGGCCUGGGGGCCCAUGCCGGGCCCAUGCCGGGCCCAAUUUCUGUUGAUCUUUACCAGCCACGUACAACACGCCGCCUCAGCCAUGGCGCCCUUUGUUGGGCCCAAUGAACUGCUACAGCGCCUGGAAAAGCUCGAAAAACUGGUUGAGGAGCACGGCAGGCGAUUCGAGGAACUGGCGCCCAAAGGUGGCGUCUCCCGUCGCGGCAGCCGCUCGCCGCCGCGCGGCGGCGCGCCGCUCUCGGCCAAGUCUGCCGCGGCGCCGCGGGCCGUGGCCUUCGACAGCAACGCGGCGCUGGCGGUGCUCUACGUGGUCGGGGGCCAUGCAUCUGGCCAGACUCUGGAUGUCUUCCAGCGCUUCGACAUGGUGGCCGGCUGCUGGGAGCUCCUGCCCCAGAUGACCUCGCCGCGCCACGGCUGUUCGGCCUGCGCCACCAACGGGGUGCUCUACGUCUUGGGCGGCGCCGAUGACCGCGCCGUUCCCUUGCAGACCUUCGAGCGCUUCGAUCCGGAGCUGGGCCGUUGGGAGAAGCUGCCGCGGAUGCCAACGGCCAGGCACGGCGCCGCCUGCUGUUCCGUGGCGGGCCUCGUCUAUGCCCUGGGCGGCUUCGAUGGGCAGACGGUGCUCAGCAGCGCCGAACGCUUUGAUGCAGCGCGGCGAGGCUGGGAAACGCUGCCUCCGCUGCCCACGGGGCGUGGCCGCUGCGCCGCGGCCGGCUGCGAGGGCUUGGUCCUUUUGGGAGGUGGCAGUGAUGACACGCACGAAGUCGCGGCCUUUGAAGAGUUCAAUCCAAGCAUUUGGCAGUGGCAGGUCCGCCCUGAGCUGCCCACCGCCCGGGGCGGCUUAGCCAUGGCGGUGCCAAGUGGAUCCAGUGUGGUGCUGGCCAUCGGUGGACGCCGCACGAAUGGGGAGAAAUUGGAUGUGGUCGAGUGCUACAACCUUCGCCGCCACAGAUGGAGCACGCUGGCGCCGCUGUCCUCGCCGCGCGAUGGAUGCUGCGCGUGCGCCUUCCUGAGCCGGGUCUAUGUCUUUGGAGGACGAGGUAUGGGCACCAGCGGCAACCAAACCCUGGCCCAUGCUGAGUGCUUCGACCUGGAGACCAAUACUUGGAGCUCGUUGCCGCAGAUGCCCCAUGCAACCUGUGGUUGUGCCGCAGCUGCCUUGGUGGAUGCCGCAGCAGUUUGCGAUGACUUGGUUGAAACGACCCAUCGCCUUGGUGAGGCGGGUGCCCUCGGCGUCAUUUUUGUCCACCACGAACAUGGCUUACCAGGUUUGGCUUUGGGCGAUGCCGCACCGCCAAAGAUUCGAGCCGUGGUCAUCGAACGAGACCCUGGCUUGGAAGUGGUUAAAUUGGCAUCGACUGCAGCCAUUUUUGCAGAGUUGAAACUUGGCAAGUUGAUCUCGGAGGAUGCUUAUGAGGAGCAGUUUAUUUUCCGUGUGGAUGAGUUCCUUGCGACACGCAAGGAAAACUUUCUGUGGCACCGCUACCCCAGCUUAUUGAAAAGUACUGGCAAGGAGACCUUGAGUGCCCGCUUGAUGUCGCACCUGACGAUGCCUGAGGGCUGGUUUUCUCGGCCGAUGGCAUUUGUGCCUCUCUUCAAUCCGUCCUUGCUCUCACUUUCGGAUGGUACUUUCUUGGUGGCCCUGCGGAUGUCCAAUGGGCAGGGCUGUCCAAGUGUCCGCGCAGCCCGUGAGUCCAGCAUGGAUACCCGGGUGUGCCGCAACGAGUUGAUCUUGGCCCAUUUGGCGAAGGACUUUUCGGUCCUGAGCCACGUGCUCGUCGAGAUGCCACGGCUGAGCUGUUACUUCACCCCAGAAACACAGACGGCUGGUCGACAAUUCUUGGACGAGGUGCACGGACCGAUGGACGCCCGUAUUGCUUGGGGUGCAGAUGAAAUCUGGGUUCUCUUCUAUGCUGAGCGGAACCAGCAGCAGGAGGUCGAGCGCGGCAUGCACGCAGCACCUCUGCACAUCUCUUGGGAGAAAUGCCGUGGCUGGUCGAUGCACAGCAAUGAUGCAGUUUGGACCCCUUCGCAAUGCCGCUGGCUAGGUGCUGGACUUCCGCCCUACACACUGCAGAACUGCCAGCAGUCUUGUGAGGCCAAGGAGCGGUGCAAUGCCUUCAGCUUCCAUGAAGGCUCAGCCUGCGAGCUACGUCACUGCGCUGCGGCGCCUCAGGCGCAGCUUUGGCACAUGAAAGGAUGGCAGUCCUGGCGAAGAGGUGCCCCGCAAUGCCUUCAGCGCGCCUGGGUCAAGGACGAGGAACUCUUAGCCUUCCCUGCUGGGAGUGUGGAAAAGAACUGGAACCUAAUCGAAGGUCAAAGAGACCGGCUUUUCCUGGAAUAUUUCAUCGAACCUCACAUUGUGCUGACUGCGCAUCUCCAGCGCCAUGCAGGCAUCAGCAUUACUGGCCUCGAGCAGAGCUUUGUGACGCGCUGGCCGUUUGAGGUGCUGCACGGGCUCACAAAUGUACGAGGUGGCUUUUGCUGUUUGCGGCUAUCCGAAGAGCUUCUGACUGCGCACCGUCUCUUUACCGAACCCUGGUGGUUUGAUGAGGAUGCUGCAGAUGUGCCAGUCCUUUGCGGCUGGGUGUGGGUCAUUUGCAACGCAUCCGUUCGCCUUUUGACCAGGCGCCUGGUGACCUGUCGCGCUUUCGGCGACAAGCGAAGAGCCGGGUCAGCGGGCGUCGCCGGGUGGACAGGUUGA